UACUGCCAGUGCUGGUUAAUACGCGAGUAAAGUGCUUACAGCAGUGCGUUGAUCGGAGCGAUUAAUUUGUUUAUACUAAAUAAAAUGUGCCUUGAUGAAACAAAAUUGUAUAUAAUGAAUUAACUAUUUGAUCGAAUUAAAUGUGUGCACACAGUCCCGAUAACUGCGGAAUUGUACAACACUUGCAAAAAUGGCGCAGAGCACGUGAAAUGCGCAUUUAUUCACAUGCCAAUCUCUGAAUUGUUUGGUUCAUGCUUAAAAACCCGCGGAUUUCUCACCUGUUUAAGGAGAAACACGGGACAACUAUACUUUUUUUAAACACCAACGGAGGGCAAAUCACAAAGACGGCAAUACAAACAAUAAACACUAGCAGCGCGAACCAACGAACUAGUUCCCGUUGGCAUUAUUCACCUGAGCCAGUGGUUCAUUUUUCACUGGCAGCAGAGCGGCCAUUUUGGAGAUUGUUUCUUCCACAAAAAAGUUAUGCACCGAAACUAAAAAAAACGUUGCGCCCGAAAUUAAACAUAAAAUCCGCUCGUGCAUUGGAGCGUGUGUGCAAUCCGAUGUGAAGAGAAUGCUGGACCCAAGCAGCCCGACAGCAGUUCCGAAUCUGUAACAACUAAAAGUUAGUGACUAUCUUCCCAACACGCACGCAUGUACACCCGUGUGUGCGCGCGAGUGUGUGUGUACGACAGUUUGUGUGCAUGGAUACAUAUGUAUAUGUACAGGCGGAAAAUACGGAAAAAAUGUCCCUAGCCAGAAAAACAUUACGAAAACAGGCAUAAUUUGCUGCCAAAGUGCUUCCCCCGUAAAAAUAAAGUCCUCGGUGCCGUAUUGCAACAACGCAAUUAACCCGCAGACGCCGGAGCUGGGCCGAGGCGGGUCAAUUUCCAGCCGGAGCGCCAAGGCACAAAAUACAGACGCCAAAAAUUUCGAAGGGGGAACCAAGCGCAUCGUGGCCAAAAGGGAUACAAAAAAAAAUUAGCAGCCAGCGCAGCAGCAGUAGAAGCAUCCAAUAUAAGCCAUGGAUCCCAACUCCAGUCCCUGGUCGUACGCCUACAACCGCAUCGUGCCCGCCAGCGCUGGCAGCUCCGGCGGAACAGCGGAGGACUUCCAGCAUCCGCAUUUGGCCACCAUAACCGCCGCUAGCAUCGCCAGCUUUAAUGCGGCAGCCGCCAGUGGCGGCAGCUUUGUGCCUCCGUCGCCAAUCGGCAGCUAUAAUCCAGUAUUCCAGCAGAUCUAUCAUCAUGCAGCGGCGGCCAGCGUUCAGCCGAAGCCCGCCCAUUACGCCUCAUCAGCGGUUAGCACGCCGCACCGCCAGCUGCAGCUGCCCAGUUCGCUGGACAAGCAGCUCAGCUCGUUCCAGAAUCAGGCGGCGGUAUCGGCAGCUGCAGCCGCUGUGGUCAACAAUGUAGCCUCAAAUUAUUAUGGAGAGAACUCCUCCUCGAGCGGUGCCUCGCCUUCGCCGACAACGGUGGCGCUAACGUCAACGUCGCUGACCUGGAAUACGCCGAACAUGAUAUCGAACACUUUCCUGGCCAUGCAGCAGCAGCAGGCACAGCAGCAACAGCAACAGGCGCAGCAGCAACAGCAGCAGGCGCAACAACAGCAGCAGCAGGCACAGCAGCAGCAGCUUAAUCUGGUGGCCGACAAAGUGCAGAUUAAGCAGGAAAAGCAAUUAAAAGCCUACAACGACUCGAUUUACCUGAUCCAAUUGCAACAACAGCAGCAGCAGCACCAGCAGCUCCAGCAGCAGCAGCUGCAGCAGGAGAUCACUGAAACAGAGUCGGAGACGGACACAUAUUACACGAUCGAUGGCCGGAAACUCAAGGUGACACGCAAGGAUGGCCAGCCAUUUCAUGCGACAAUCAUCGAGCAUCAGAGUGCCGGCGGUAGUCCAGUGCCAUUGGCAGUGCCAGUUCCGGCCGGAUCCUAUCCGGCGCAGUAUGCCAGUCCGGCAUUGAGCUCCGCUGACGGAUCACCCAUCACGAAUUUACAUGCCGUGGACGUGGUCAGUACACCGCAGGCCCAGGUGAUUGUCUAUAAGACGGCGUCCCCGGUGCAGAGACGCUCAGAGGCAGGCGCUGGCUCGUCUGCUGCUGCUGCCGCUGCCACGACGCCCACCACUGUGGCCUACUCAUCUGUGAUACAAAGCACCCUGCAACAACAACAACAGCAGCAGCAGCAGCAGAACAUAUGCUGGACAAAGCUGGAAGAAGGAGGAGGAGGAGUAGCGGGGCAGGAAGACAUCAAAAACGUGCUGCAGUUGCAGGUGGUGAAGCAGGAGCAACGCCAUCUCGACUACGCAAGCGAGGCGGCAUCCACAGUGGACGCCAGCGGCGAGAGUCUGGUGUUCAACCUUCCGCCCGGUCUGGAGAUCAAGCAGACCUUCUAUCCUGCGGGACUGCAGGUCGAUGCAGGGGAGCAUCUGCAGCAGCAACUGCAGGACCAAAGCCAAUCCCAGUCAGCCGGGGGGCGGCGUCAGCACGUGGUGGCCAACAUGAUCAUGUCGCCGGCGGCGUCGGGCAACUUAGCGUCACAGAUUCAAGUAGUGCCAAAGGAGGAGGUGAAGCCGCCGCCAAAGCCAGCGAAGACGCCGCGCAAGCGCCAGCCGAAGAAAACGCUUAUACCCAGUAGCAGUGACUAUGGCAGUGUACGCAGUCCACAGGAGCCGCAGCACCAUCAGCUGCAGCAGCAGCAGCAGCAGCAACAACAGCAGCAGCAGCAACAGCACAACCAGCAGCAGCAGCAACAGAACACGUACUACGACUUCAACAGCAAGUGGAAUACUCCGCUCAAGACGGAGAACAAUGCUGCGUCCGUAUCGCCGGCGGCCACCAUAAAUAUACCCACAUAUCCGCAACAGAGCCAGCAGCAGCAGCAGCACCAGCAGCAGCAGCAAGCGGCGGCAGCGGCAGCGGCGGCGGCGGCGCAGCAGCAACAGCAGCAACAUCUGCCGCAGCCGGCACACCUGCAAUCGUCGCAGGCCCAGUCUCACUUGACCCAGUUGGCGCAAUAUUACCCAGCCUUUCCCCAGCCCAUUGCCUCCCAGUACACGGCCUGCAUGCAGCAGCAACAGCAACAGCAGCAGCAGACGCUUCAGCAGCAACAACAGCAGCAGCAGCAGCAACAGCAGGCAGCCUACACGCAGCAGCAGCAACACCAGCAGGCCUAUACGCAGCAGCAGCAGCAACAGGCGCAGCAGCAGCGGCAGGAGAAGACAGAGGCUGCCCAGCUCCAGGAAGAGGAGGCGACGGCAGCCGCAGCGGCAGCGGCAGCAGCUGCGGCCAGCAACAAAGUCAUUGUGCCGAACAUUGAGGAGGAGCUGGACUUUCUGGCCGAUGCCACAGCGGCACCCAAGCAGGGUUACGCCAACUCUGUGUCCAGCAACGGCCGCGGCACAAACUCCUCCACCAAUAACACCAAUUUCGGCAUACGUAAUCCGAACAAGACACCGUCGCCGGAGCCGCCAACAUGUCCGACCAAUUCGCACGCCGCCAACAAUGGACACGCUUCCACCACUCCAGCGGGAGCCAGUGCCUCCGCCGCCUCAGCGUCCGCAGCCUACAGUCCUGCUGCGCCCAAGCCGGUUAGCGUGGGCACGCAAAUCGGUGAGAAGAAGACCCAGUUCAUGGACAGCUAUCUCAAGUUUCUGCAGGGCGAGCGGGACGAUGAUCCGCCGCCCGUGGUGAAGCCUUCCCGAAAGCUGAAUUACCCGCGAGCGCCAUACAAGCGGAAAGGCAAGGGAUCGGGUAGUGGCAACGAUGAGCCCACCACGUCGCAGGUCAACAAUCAGGCCACAGUGGAAGCUGGCCAGGCUGCGGUGGAUGGGCUAACGGGGCUCGUGGGCGACGAUGGACAUCGCAUCAAAAUACUCUCGCAGACGCAGAUUUUACCCAAGAAGCGACCGCACGCCCAAAUGGUUGCAGCUGCUGCCGCAGCGGAAUCGUCACCCUCAUCAUCAUCGUCGUCGGUGAUCCAACAGCCCGGGGAUCCCACCUCCUUCCGGCCAUACGCCCAGCAGCAGCAGCAGGCGCAGCAGCAGCAGCAAUCGAUGAGCGGACAGCAUUUUGUGCAGCAGCAUUGCGCUCAACUGGCAGCUGGCGGAGGAGCGGGUCAAGACCCUUUGAGUGUGCCGCCGAGACGCGAGCAAUGCUCGCGGAAGGCCAAGAGCCAAAGCAGCAUGCACGCGGCCAUGCUGUUGAAUUCCUCUUCUGUCACCGGUGAAACUGGCAUCGUUGGCGAGCCGGAUGAGUUCACCGAUUCGGACACGGAUCCCGUGUGGACUCCGCAGGAGGAAGACAGCGAUGAUGCCGGCAAGGGCUAUGGAAAGCGCAAGUUGGCUGCUCGCCGCUUAAAGGGUACGCCACGCAAGAAUACCUACGAGCAGCUGCAGCACCAGCAACAACAGCAACCACAACAACAACAGCAGCAACACCAUCAGCAACAGUUGCAGCAAAUGCAGGUGAACCAGCAACAGCAACACCAGCAGCAGCAACAGGUGCAGCAAUUGGCCACUGGCAGCAACGACUACAAUCCCCAGCAGAAUCUCUCAGGAGUGACGGAUGUGGGCUAUGCCAGUGCCUCCUCGGGCUCAGCUGCCACCACGGAGAACUUUAAAACGGGCGACUUUAUAGUCCUGCGAUCGGACUUGGUGAACGACUGGCCCACCAUUUGGCAGGUGGACUCCAAAUGCAUUUUGCAGAAGUACGAGCCCUUCCGCCAGAACGGAAAGACCUUUUAUCGCAAUAUGUCCAAGUACGCCUCAUGGAAUCUCGAAACGAAGAAACUCUACCUCAAGGCACCGGUGCGCAUGCAGCUGCAUUCCCACACCGAGACUAUUGUGGAGUUCAUGCGUUCCGAGCUGCUCGCCGAUGAUACCGAGCAGUUUAUAGAGAAGAUUAUGGAGGACUAUCUCUCCUACCGGGACAACUUUGAGAUCUACAUUCAGACCAUGAUCUCGCAGGCGCUCGAUCCGAGCUUCUUUUCGGAAAUAACGCGAGAAAAAGACGACUACUUUUUGGGCAGCGUGCGCGUGGUUGACACCAUCAUGGAGAACUGCAAGCGCAAGCUAUUGGCCAUUACUCCAUGGACAAGGAGCACCAUCUCCUCCAUUGAGACUUGGCCCAAGUGCCAUGUGUUCUCCGAGUGGGAGCAAAAUAAUCUGACGCAGAAGAACUGCGCCGGUUGUCAUCAGCCGGGAAUUGCAGUUCGUUUUCUGCUUUUCGGAGAGCCAUAUAAUCCCAAUACCAUGCAGACCAUACCCGUGGAUCCCCGCAUAGUCUAUGAAAAGGACAUUGUCUUAUGCCGGAUUUGUGCCGCACGUGCCGAUCUGUUCCACAAGAUUGCGCACGAGAAGUUCAAUCUGUUCAUCAACUGCUCCCAAAGGGUCACCGAGCAGCAGCAACAGUUUCCGGGCAAGACUUCAACGGAAAUACUGAACGAUCUGCUGGCCGAGCACAACUGGAUAGAUGAGCUAUUCCGCAACAUGCGCAACUGUUGGGCCGAGGUGGAGAGUCUGGAGCGCCAGAAGCGUUUCCGUGAGGUCAUGCAAUAGAAGCCAUUAUAUCACACCAGAGCAGAUGCCUCCCGAAUCAUUGUGUAUCCAAGUGCUGGACAUUAGGACAAGCCCCACGUAUCGCUGCAAUAAACUCAAUGAGUUGUUAUUUUUAUUACCACACAUAUGAAAACAGAUGACAGACACGCGAAAGCUUAGUUUUUAGUGCAAAGACACAUAUUAUUGUACUAUGGUAGGGCAUAAGAGUAAGAUAUACGGUCUACGUGUGGACUCUGCAUAAUGCAAUGCCAUGUAAAUAGCUAUACACAUGUAUUUAGCUAUAGCCGUGCAUUAAAUAUCAUAUAUGGAAUCUAGAACGGUACUAAAUAACAUAACGUUAGUACUAACCAUACUCAUUAGUUUUGGAGAAAUCACAUUUCUGCUUGAAUCAUUCUUUUAGCAAGAGUUCAAAUUUCACAAUUAUUUUAUAGGUUUUUAUCAGUUAAGAUCAUCCCCCCCUCCCCCCACGCAUACAAUCAAAUUGUGUUUCGCUUCUGGAACCGUAAUCAUCUAACUUAAGGCACUGUAAAUAUAUUUUGUUUACUUUAGUUACGCAAAAAUCCAAGUGCAGAGCUUUCAGUUGACAUCUUUAUUUGUUAUGCGGAUUUUUAAAUUUAAGUUGUGAUUUUCUCAGAAUCUUAGUUUCCUGAAUAAAUAUGAAACAAAAUCA